GUUAACUUCUAGAUGGUAAACGUUUGAUGGUAAACGUAUAAUGAGGACAACAUAUGAUUGUGUUUAAAAAAUAAUCAAGAAUAUCAUCUCGUGGAUGCAAAGUUCAAUUACGAGCGAUAAAACGGGGAUGUGUUUGCCAUCGCACUCUGUUGUGGGUUUCUCUGAGAGGAGGGUUUUGUCAGGGUCGAUAUCCGCCCCUUUAUCGCAAGUCUCCAUGGAGCAGGGAGGCAUCGGGAGAACAUUUCCAUCGAAAGUCCUUCACGGACACUUCACGGAGGUUUUGCGUUAAAGAUGCGCUGCGCUCGCAAGCAACGCCGUUAUUUACAAUGAUGGGACCGCGCACCCGAUCUCCAGCAGAGCCAGGCAUGACUCCCUCCCGACGCUCAUCCACUGCCGCUGACAGGUUGCCUACAGAGACGGUUCAGAAGAAUAACAGCAGUAAUACCGGCGUCAUUCUGGACAUUUCCACACUGAAAAUGGCCGAUGUGGACUCCGAGGUCCCUCCUCUACCCCCACGAUACCGCUUUAGAGAUCUGCUGCUCGGAGAUCAGUCGUUUCAGAAUGAUGACAGGGUCCAUGUGGAAUUUUACGUCAAUGAGAACAAAUUCAAGGAGAGAUUGAAGCUUUUCUUCAUCAAAAACCAAAGGUCAAGUCUCCGAAUCCGCCUCUUCAACCUUUCGCUGAAGCUGUUAACAUGCCUCCUCUAUAUCAUCAGAGUCUCACUGGAUGACCCAACUACACUCACAUGUGCACGGAAACACUGCACAAACAUCACAGACCCCCUGUGCAGCAAAUCAUGUGCCAACUACACAUCAAACCUGAGCGCAGACCCCACGCAAAUCAACUGGGAGUUAAUAUUCUGGGUGAACAGAAGAGUUCCUGUAUGGGCGAUACAGGUGACAGUGGCCUUAAUCAGCUUUAUGCAAGCGAUGCUUCUGGUGUAUCUCAGUUACAAGGGGAACAUUUGGGAGCAGAUUUUCCAAAUCUCCUUCAUCAUCGAGAUGAUCAAUACUGUGCCAUUUAUUAUCACAAUAUUUUGGCCUCCACUGAGAAACAUAUUUGUUCCUGUGUUCCUUAACUGUUGGCUUGCCAAAUCAGCACUUGAAAACAUGAUUAAUGAUCUCCACCGUGCCAUUCAGCGCACACAUUCAGCCAUGUUUAACCAGGUCCUGGUUCUGAUCUGUACGCUGCUGUGUCUGGUCUUCACCGGGGCUUGUGGGAUUCAGCACCUUGAGCGAGCGGGGAAGAGUCUCACGCUGUUUGACGCUUUAUAUUUCUGCAUCGUCACUUUCUCCACUGUUGGUUAUGGGGAUGUUACGCCCAAAAUCUGGCCGUCUCAGUUACUGGUGGUCAUCAUGAUCUGUGUGGCGCUGGUGGUGCUGCCACUGCAGUUUGAGGAGCUGGCAUAUCUAUGGAUGGAGAGACAGAAGUCAGGUGGAAACUACAGCAGACAUCGAGCUCAGACAGAGAAACAUGUGGUUCUCUGCGUCACUUCUCUCAAAAUAGACCUGCUUAUGGAUUUCCUCAAUGAGUUCUAUGCGCACCCGAGACUGCAGGAUUAUUAUGUGGUUAUACUCUGUCCCACUGAGAUGGACAUUCAGGUGCGGAGGAUCCUGCAGAUCCCGUUGUGGUCCCAAAGAGUGAUCUACCUCCAGGGCUCUGCGCUGAAGGACCAGGACCUGAUGAGAGCCAAGAUGGACGAUGCAGAGGCGUGCUUCAUACUCAGCAGCCGAAAUGAAGUGGACCGCACGGCAGCUGAUCAUCAGACCAUUCUGAGAGCAUGGGCUGUGAAGGACUUCGCGCCAAACUGUCCUCUGUAUGUUCAGAUUCUCAAACCCGAGAACAAAUUCCACGUCAAAUUUGCCGAUCAUGUUGUGUGUGAAGAGGAGUUCAAGUAUGCCAUGCUGGCCCUGAACUGUGUGUGUCCUGCCACCUCUACACUGGUAACACUUCUGGUUCAUACGUCUCGUGGACAAGAAGGGCAGAUGUCUCCAGAACAGUGGCAGAGAACUUACGGCCGUUGCUCGGGCAAUGAAGUUUAUCACAUCCGCAUGAUGGACAGCAAGUUCUUUGGCGAAUACGACGGGAAGAGCUUCACUUAUGCCUCCUUCCAUGCGCAUAAAAAAUACGGUGUGUGCUUAAUCGGUACAAAGCGAGAAGACAACAAGAGCAUCCUUCUGAACCCCGGUCCACGUCACAUCAUGUCUGCCACAGACACUUGUUACUACAUCAACAUCACUAAAGAAGAGAACUCGGCCUUUAUCUUCAAACAGGAGGAGAAACACAGCAAAGGGAUGUCGGCCACUGGCGUGUACGACGCGCCCUCACGUCUCCCGGUGCAAAGCAUCAUCGCAAGCAUGGGAACUGUGGCCAUUGACCUGCAGAAUCCAGACCCACCCGUUGACCGCAACAAGCUGGUGUUGCCCACAGAAAACGGAGCCGGGAGUCGCAGACCCAGCAUCGCCCCCGUGCUGGAGAUCGCUGACUCCUCUGCCAUCCUCCCCUGUGACCUCCUCAGUGACCCCUCUGAAGAUGAGACCAACCAAUCAGAUGAGGAUGGAGCCCCGGCGUUAGAGUUUGUUAAAGGCUAUCCACCCAACUCACCAUACAUUGGAAGCUCCCCAACACUUUGCCACCUUCUGCAACAAAAGGCACCGUUUUGUUGCCUGCGACUUGACAAGGGUUGUCGGCACAACAGUUUUGAGGACGCCAAGGCGUAUGGCUUCAAGAACAAGUUGAUCAUCGUUUCUGCUGAAACAGCUGGAAACGGCCUGUACAACUUCAUAGUGCCGCUGCGAGCCUAUUACAGACCGAGGAAGGAGCUGAACCCCAUCGUGCUGCUGCUGGAUAAUCCGCCUGAUAAUCAUUUUCUAGAGGCCAUCUGCUGUUUCCCGAUGGUGUACUACAUGGCUGGUACCAUUGACAAUUUGGACAACCUGCUGCAGUCUGGCAUCAUCUACGCCGAUAAUCUGGUGGUGGUGGAUAAAGAGAGCACAAUGAGCGCAGAAGAAGACUACAUGGCAGAUGCUAAGACCAUCGUGAACGUUCAGACCAUGUUCAGGUUGUUUCCCAGUCUCAGCAUCAUCACAGAGCUCACUCAUCCGUCUAACAUGAGAUUCAUGCAGUUCCGUGCCAAAGAUUGCUACUCCCUGGCUCUCUCCAAACUUGAAAAGAUAGAGAGAGAUAAGGGGUCUAAUCUGGCAUUCAUGUUCCGCCUCCCGUUUGCUGCCGGCAGAGUGUUUAGUAUCAGUAUGCUGGAUACUCUCCUAUACCAAUCUUUUGUGAAGGACUAUAUGAUUCUCAUCACGAGGCUCUUGUUGGGUCUAGACACCACGCCAGGUUCUGGCUACCUCUGUGCUAUGAAAGUAACAGAAGAAGACUUAUGGAUCCGGACGUACGGGAGACUGUUUCAGAAGCUGUGCUCGUCCAGCGCAGAAAUUCCCAUCGGGAUAUACCGCACUGAAUCUCACAUGUUCCCCACCUCAGAGUCUCAGGUGUCCGUGGACGAUUGCGAGGACACACGUGACCGCGGGGAAUCCUGGAAGGAGAAAACCGCCCACAGAAACUCCACGGGGAGCGACCAAUCCGAGCACCCGCUCCUACGCAAGAAGAGCAUGCAGUGGGCGAGACGGCUGAGCAGGAGAAACACCAAACCGCCCAGUCGAGCCGAACGCAUUAAUCAACAGCGGCUAAAUAUGUACUGCCGAUCCGAGAGACAAGAGCUGUCAGAGCUGGUGAAGAACCGCAUGAAGCAUCUGGGGCUGCCCACUGUGGGAUAUGAGGACGUAGCUAAUUUAACCGCGAGCGAUGUGAUGAACCGUGUAAAUCUAGGAUAUUUGCAAGAGGGUUCUUACGUAACAGGGGGUACUGCAGUGGCUCAAACAGAUGAAAUGAAUGACCAUCAGAACACGUUGUCAUAUGUGCUGAUAAACCCGCCUCCGGACACUGUUCUAGAGCUCAAUGAUGUCGUCUACAUCAUUCGCUCUGAUCCGCUGGCACAUGUUCCUGAAAAUCUUCCGGGAGCACCGGCUGGAGGGAAACUACGGCAGGAUUAUGGAUCAGAGACACGGGAUGAGACUCAUCUGUAAGAACCGGAAGUCCUGUCAUACACACCCCUCCUCUCUGUCCCCCACGCCCCCCUCCUCUCGCUGCUACAGUACAGUCUGCAUGAACGAUGCCAGGAGACGCAGCCAAACCAACCAACCAUACUGACAGUCAACACUCGUGUGCCAACACAAGCUGCCCUUCCAAACUGUAACUCUUUACAGAUUCCUCUUUUUUACAAAGACACAAUCCACUAUUUCAGACUUUACCGAACACGGCUGGUUAUUACGUUUUUUUAUUUUAGACUUGUCUGACAGUGUAAGAUUGGGUUGUUAUGAGUCACUCUGGACCAAACACAAUGUCCAAACACUUUGGAUAUAUAAAGUAGGGCAGUAUAUACAUCACAGAGUAUUACGUAACGCAGUAUUCAUGUGCGCAGCUACGGACAGAAGAAAACAAACAACAGUCACGUCAGCCAGUUCAUCUGAUUUGACCAGAACACUGGUGAUGUCAAGGCCCUGUAACACACAGAACUAGUUUACAUCAGUGCUAUAUUUUGUACAUAGCACAUAGUAUAUAUAUAUUUGUACAUAUAAGUUAACCACGUAUUCUUUAACAUGCUCAUGCAGUGACCUCAAAGUAUUCACAGUAUUUUUUCCUGAUUGGUUCUUAAAGCACAAAGGAUAUUGUUUAUUUAUUGGUAUUCCCAAACUGCAACUGUUUUAACUUGUUGAUCUAUCACAUGAUCUCAGCUGUGAUCAUGUCCUUUGCCAUAACAUUUAACAUGCUUUAUGAGAAAAAUUAAGGAAUAUUGAAAGCAAACACAUCAUCCUUUUUGAAAGUUUUAGUCGAUAGGUAACGGACACUCAUCAGAGGUAUUGAAUGAAUGUUGUUUAGAUGUUUGCAGAAGAGAUGUCAAAUGCUAUCGUACAGUGUUUUAGAUCAUUGGAGCAGUAUUGAUCUGAAACUCAUGAAUUAUGACUUGAGUGUGCGAGUUAUACAAUAGUAAAUAUUAGAAUAUGUAAUAUAUAUUUUAUUUAUUUGAAUUGUCUACCAAGUGUUUGUUUAUCGGUUUAAUUGCUGUAUCAACAGCAUUUUUAAUCAUAAUCAAUUGUCUGUUUUUUGUUCAUUUUGUCAAUAUUCUGCUACCGAUCAUUUAUGAAAUCUAAAUAUAUUGGAAUUUGCCACUUUUGCACUAAGCUCUUUUGAAAGAGCAGUACACCAUAAAUCCCUUUAACCUACACACACACACACACACUCACACACACACAAAGCAUUCACAAUUAAUAGACACUAUUAUGUAAAAAACAAGCCUUUAGUUACAAUUCGAGUCGUGUUGAAAAGUGAUAUGAAACAGUUUUGUGACUUCAGGGGACUUUCUGGUAUCUGACACAGAGAUCGCAAAUCUUUUGUUUGCCAAUUUUGUUGCCUGCUGUACCAAUAUGUAUUCCAUUGUCUGUGUCAUUAUUAAUGUGAAUAUGUGUAUGAGGAGUUGAUGAUUAUUAUGUAGAGCUGACAAUUGUUUUAUUUAUUUAUUUGGCCUAUAUACAUCUUUAUUCAUCUGUGUUAUAGAACAGAAAACAUAGAUUUCCACUCACAGAAACGACUGUAAUGUUGCAUAUAUACUGUAAAAGGGAAAGUGAUAGGUGGUAAUGAUGUGAUACAAUUGGAAAUCUUUGUAGCUAUUACGUUUAUUUCAUUAUUGUGUUUUCUGCCUUCUGUUUAUUUAUUUCAUAGCAAUAUUAUGAGUUCACCAGUCUGUCAGUAGAAAAUAGAAGCUGUUAACCUACAUUUUCUAUCAGCCUUUCUCCUGCAAACUGAGUUGGAAAUGUUUUUGGUUUAAUAACGUAUAAUCAUUUUCCAUGCAUCAUAUUGAAAAAGAUUUGCAUGUUAAAAUGGCAGCCUGCAGAUAUCUUCUAUUUUUAACUAGUUCCCUAGUAUUUAAUACAUAUAUAUAUAUAUCAGCUGACCACAGCUGUGGUACUUUACAAGUGUUUCGUUUGUUUCUCUCCAUUAGUGACGGAAAAAACACGGACCAUGCAUGUCCUAAUCUUGCCAAAUGUGUCAGAGAUUCAUGUUUACAUUUGCUGGCUCCUGUUUUUUGGAUUGUGCUGACCUGCUGAAUAUUUCACAGACUUCUAAAUUUUGUACAAUUUCUGUACGAACAUGUUAGAAUGAAUAAAUGCUGCAUGCAGCCAGAAACAAUGUGGGUGUAUUAUUAUUUACAAACGGAUAUUAAUCGAUGAAUGUGUUCAUGCUUGUAAUCGUUGUUCGUAAUCAACAUUUUGAACAAUUAGAAUAGAAGCGUAGUUAUGAUAGUUACUGCAGAAAUA